AUGCGCCCCGUGUUCGGUUUCGGACAGGAAAAUGCGGCUCCGAACGAGCAGGCUGAAGUCAAAGCAGACCAGAAUUCGGAGACAUUCAUGAGUGUUGCAGCUCGCAGCCGUAGCGGUGGCCGGGCAGGCCGCAGGGCCCUUCGGACCGCUCCCGACCACGACAUGCUACCCGGACUUGCCCGGAACCUCCCGCUGUGCGAACCACUCGAUGAAGAUCAGAUCCGGAAACUCGACGACGCGUCGAUGUCGAUCUUGGAGGAUGUCGGCAUCAUCUUUCGUGAUCCGAUCGCUCUGGACGAUUGGAAGAAGGCCUGCGCCAGGGUCGAUGGAGAGAGGGUUUAUCUUGACCGCGAGCAUGUACGCGAACUGAUCAGGACCAUUCCCUCCAGUUUCACCUAUCACGCCCGCAACCCGAAGAAGAACGUUCCCGUAGGUGGCAAUCGAACGAUCUUCGUUCCGAUGACCGGUGCACCCUUCCUGCGUGACCUGGACGGCGUCCGGCGCAAUCCGAUGCUGGAUGACCUGGCCAUGUUUCACAAGCUGAGUCACAUGCUUCCGGCGAUCCACUCCAGUGCACACCACAUCGUGGAACCUUACGACCACCCCAUCAGCCACCGCCACCUCCGUAUUACCUAUUCCUCGAUGAAACAUUCCGACAAGACAUUCAUGGGCAUGACGACCAGUCCGAAGAAUGCGGAAGACGUCAUGGACAUGUGCGCGAUCCUGUUCGGCGAGGAAUAUCUGGAAAAUCAUCCGGUCACGACCGGAAACUGUAACGGCAACUCACCGCUUGUCUGGGACGAGACCAUGCUCGGCGCCAUGCGGGCCUUCAGCAAGCGGAACCAGCCCGUUCUUUGCUCACCCUUUGUGCUUGGUGGCGCCAAUACACCGGCAUCUGUCGUUCCGGCGGUGGCGCAGCUCAACGCGGAGGCUCUCAGCGCACUCGCCUAUACCCAGGUGAUCCGCAAAGGUGCGCCUGCAAUAUACGGGCACUACCUGUCGACGGUGUCGAUGAGAUCCGGCGCUCCGAUGGCCGGUACGCCUGAAAUCAGCCUGAUGAAUUUUCUCAUUGGGCAACUGGCCCGGUACUAUGACGUCCCGUGGCGCAGCUCGGGAUCACUUGGCGGCGCGAAAACCUUCGACGCGCAGGCCGGAUACGAAAGCGCCACAACUCUGAACGCGGUCAUCCAUGCAGGUGCCAACUACAUCUGGCAUGCGGCGGGCUGGAACGAGGCCGGCAUGCAUUGCUGCGUUGCCAAGUUCAUCGUUGAUGCCGAACAGUGCGCGAUGGUCUAUCGCAUGGCGGAGGGGCCUCGCUGGGACGAUUUCGACGAGGCACUCGCCGCGGUGCGUGAUGUCGGCCCGGGCGGUCAUUACCUCGGCCAUCCCCACACCCAGGAGAACUUCCAGCGGGCUUUCUUCAUGCCGGACAUGUUCGACAACAAUUCGAUCGAACAAUGGAAGGCGGAAGGGGAAGUCGAGAUUACCGAGCGGGCCCUGAAACAGGCCAGAAAGCUUUUGUCCGAAUAUCAGGAGCCGAAACUCGAUGAAGCCAGAAACGAGGCGUUGCUCGAUUAUAUUGCUCGCCGCGAGCGUGAAAUUCCGGCGGAAGACGCCCUGAACCAGGACUACUGA